AUGUCAGACAUCAACACAGUGGUUCAAGUAUUGGAGAAAUCAGUUGACCCGAAGUUUGCCAAGGAUGCGGAAACUAUGUUGAAAAGUAUGGAAGCUCAACCUGGGUUCCCAAUUACUUUACUACAUGUUGUCGCAAAUGAGAAUGUACAGCAUUCGAGUAGAUUAGCUGCGGCUUUAUACUUCAAGAACUUAAUCAAGCGUAAAUGGAUCAAUGAGGCAGGCGAAUAUCAGAUUUCAAUGGAUGAUGUCAAAAUGAUCAAGUCUGAAAUUGUUGGAUUGAUGAUCAUGUUGCCUGAUUCAUUACAACUUCAAAUUGGGGAGGCAAUUAGUUUGAUUGCGGAAAGUGAGUUCCCAAAUAUGUGGACAGAGUUGAUAGAUGAAUUGGUCAGUAAAUUGACGUUGGAAGAUUUAGUUGUUAAUAAGGGAGUCUUGAAAGUUGCACAUUCGAUCUUCAAGAGGUGGAGGCCAUUGUUUAGAUCUGAUGAAUUAUUUCUUGAAAUCAAAAUGGUUCUAGAUAAAUUUGCAGUACCAUUUUUGGCAAUGCUUAAAAACGUUGAUUCCUUAAUUGACGCAAGUUUGCAAGAUGCCAAUAAAUUGAAGUUAUUGUUUGAGAAUCUAUUAUUGUUGGUCAAAAUUUACUACGACUUGAACUGCCAAGAUAUUCCUGAAUUUUUUGAAGAUAAUCUAAACGAGGGCAUGUCCAUCCUAUUGAAAUACUUGACUUUCCAUAGCACUCUCUUGGAAGAUCAGGAUGAAGACGAGGAUAUGGAUUUAGUCAUUCAGGUCAAGAUCAACAUUUGUGAACUAAUUCAACUCUAUACUACUAGAUAUGAGGAAGAGUUCCAAAAGUAUAUAGAAGGUUCCAUCCAGAUUGUUUGGGACUUAUUGAAUAAUAUUUCUACCCAACCGAAGAAUGAUAUAUUGGUUUCCAAGGCAUUACAAUACAUGACAUGCGUUGUUGCGUUGUCAAACUAUCAACAACUGUUCAGCAAUGAAGAGGCAGUCAAAAAAAUUACAGAGUUGAUCAUUUUACCAAACAUUACUUUAAGAGAGAGUGACCUGGAGAUGUUCGAGGAUGAUCCAAUCGAAUACACAAGAAGAGAUCUAGAAGGCUCCGAUGUUGAUAGCCGUAGAAGAGCAGCAACAGAUUUUUUAAGAGCAUUGAAAGAAUCAAACGAAAACUUGACAACCAGCAUUAUGAUGAGUUACAUCAACCAUUACCUUUCAUUGUAUAACGAGAAUCCAAGGGAAAAUUGGAAAUUCAAGGAUAUUUCGAUCUAUCUCUUUUGUUCAAUUGCAUCGAAGGGUUCAAUCACCACAUCAGCGGGGAUCACAAGUACAAAUUUAUUAGUAGAUGUUAUCAAAUUUUUCGGCGAUUUUAUCUAUCCAGAUUUAGUUGGUGAAGUGUCUUCGCCAAUUUUGAAAGUUGAUUCAAUUAAAUACAUUUACAUUUUCAGAAACCAACUAACAAAAGAACAACUAAUUGAGACAUUACCAUUAUUAACAAGCAACUUCAAUGAUCUCAACUAUGUUGUUUAUACAUACACGUCGAUUACUAUUGAGAAAAUUCUAUCCCUAAGGAACCCAAUGAAUCAUCAAGAGCUCUUAUUUUCGAAAUCUGAUUUUACAGUUGAGGUUUUAAAUAAUAUGUUGAUGAACUUAUUCAAAUUGAUCUCUAAGAUGGGGUCAACUCCUGAAAAACUAUCCGAAAAUGAGUUUUUGAUGAAGUGUAUCAUGAGAAUUUUGUUGAUCAGUGAGGAUAGUUUGAAGGGUUCAAUAGUUGGAAUUUUACAGGAAUUAAUUAAAAUUGAAGAAUUGAUCUCUAAGAAUCCGUCCAAUCCAAAGUUUUCACAUUACACAUUUGAGUCGAUCUGUAUUAUCCUCAAGUACAACAAGGAAAAUAUAACCGAUUUCUUUGCAUUUUUAAAAGCACCGCUUUUUAGCAUUUUAGGUCAAGAUAUCCAGGAAUUCAUACCAUAUGCAUUCCAGAUCUUGGCUUACAUUCUUGAGUCGUACCCUAAGGAGCAAGAAAUGCCAAUUGAGUAUGAACAAUUGAUCAGGCCAUUAUGUUCGCCACAAGUUUGGGAGUUCAAGGGUAACAUUCCGGCAAUUAAGAGGCUAUUAAGCGCAAUUAUAGAGUAUAAGCCAUCGGCGUUCCAAACAAGUGAAGACAUUACACCUAUUUUAGGUAUUUUCCAAAAGUUGAUCAUAUCAAAAGUCAAUGAUAUUUUAGGUUUUGAAUUUUUAGAGACGAUAUUGAUCUCUAUUGAUAUCAAUUCGUUGAAGCCAUUCUUGAACCAGAUUUUUAUUAUCAUUCUAACCAGAUUAAAGACAUACAGGACCGACAAGUUUGUCAAGAGGUUUAUUGUUUUCUUGAGUAAACUUUCAAGCUUAGAGUUAAACCCAGAGCUGAAUAAGAACCAAUGGAAUAGCAGUGUAGUGAUUGGGAUAUUUGAGAGCAUCCAAGCAGGAUUAUUUGAACAGAUUUUGAAUAAUUUUAUUUUAUCCUCAAUUACAAAGUUUAACAACUUAAUCGAUAAAAAGAUAUUGGUUGUUGGAUUGACCAAUUUGAUUGUGGAAAACUAUCCGACGAUUAAUGACAGUGAGAUUGCUAAAAUUUUCAGUGAAUUGCUCAAGUUGUUAAAUAGUGAUUCGAUUGAAAACUAUAAAUCAAUCAAUGAGAAUGCAGAGAUUAUGCUAGAGCUUGAAGUUGAUGAUCUCUCAUUUGGCUCUAGCUUCAACAAGUUGAAUAUAAUUCAGUUGAAACCACUCGAUCCCAUCAGUGGCAACAUCAGGGACAAGAGCACACUUGUUGAAUUUUUUAAGAUGAAAAUUCAAUCAGUUGAUCAUCAGUACUUGUUCCAAUUGAUUCAAUCUCUAGAUGACGAAUGCAAGUCUGCUGUGUCUGCCCUAGGCAUAGCAUAA